GCGAGGGGCGGUGCAGCUCGUCACUCCCGCCAGCCGGGCCGCGUCUGGUGCGGAGGAGGUGGAGCAUGUUCUGCAGCUUCCGCCAUGGCCAAGCACGUUUUUCUUACGGGACCCCCAGGGGUUGGAAAGACUACUUUGAUCCAGAAAGUCACUCAAGCUCUAAAAUCUGCAGGCACUUCCAUUGAUGGAUUUUACACAGAGGAAGUUAGAGAAGGUGGCAGGAGAACAGGAUUUGAUGUUGUCACUUUGUCUGGAAAACGAGGACCAUUAUCUAGAGUCAGUUCUGAUUCUUCUGCUUCAAGACGUGAAUAUCGGGUUGGACAGUAUGUUGUAGAUGUUGUUUCAUUUGAGCAGUUGGUUCUACCUAUGCUGAGAAAUGUAAACCAUGGCAGUGAUGCAGAGAAAAAAGUUUACGUCAUAGAUGAGGUUGGUAAAAUGGAACUCUUCAGCCAGGCUUUUAUUCAAACUGUUCGUCAAACGCUCGCCUGCUCAGGGACUGUGGUGCUUGGAACUAUUCCAGUACCUAAGGGAAAGCCACUGGAUCUUGUUGAAGAAAUAAGAAAUAGAAAAGAUGUUAAAGUGUUCAAUGUUACUAAAGAAAACAGAAACAGCAUUUUUCAAGAUAUCUUGGCAGCUGUUGAAUCCUGCAGAAAAUGAAGACAUUUUGUUGCCUAUAAACACUAAAGCUUUUAUUUCAACAAAACAUUACAAGGUUUUGUGGAUGUUCUAGUCUGUCCUUCCUGCUUUAGUCCCUGGAGGCUCUACUGGAGCAAAGUAAAGCUGGUAAUGCUCUAAAAUGUGAAAAUGAGCUAGCAGGCUUCUUGUUUAUUCAGUUUACAAGCUGAUCCAUUCAAAAAUUUGAACAGAUGCGUAGUUAAUAUCCUGUUCUGAUCUGGGUAUUUGGAAGUUAGGUGGUCUGACUCUCAUUCUAGUUACACCAUGCAAAAGCAUCUUAGUCUUUCAGAGUGUGGUGUGGUGUGUUCUGCUAGAUAGCAAUUCAGCAUGGGGAACUUCGACCUGGUAUAACAAAACAGAGCCCUGCCCAAGAUGUACGUGCACUCUGCCUGGUUUAUGUAGAAGUAUCUUUGCUGCCAGUGACCCAGCUCAUGUGUUUCCAAGUGUGAUUCAACAUGGGUGCUGACUAUUAAUGAGGUAAAAGGAAUAAGCAGGUGCUUUCCUUGUGGUCUUUCCAGUUCAAGGAAAAUUCCUGUAGUCCUAACUAAGUGACAUUAACAGAAUUCUGCAUGAGGAGGAAAAAUAACCAGUGUUGCCCUCUCCCAAGUACUGUAAACCCAGAGAGUAAUUGAUAAGAGGGCUUCAUUUUGGAUUUAUUUUCAAGUUUCUGAUGGCAGUCGUGCCUUGCACCUACUUAAAAAAGUUGCAUAUGUAAAUCUUCAAGUCCAUGAAGUUCAGUCAAAUCUCAACUUGUGUUUUCAUGUAGAGUUUAUUAAGUAGGGAUUGACUUAACAGUAUAUUAAAUAACCUCAUUUGUCUAUAUAGGUUUUACAAUCUGUUAUGUUUAUUGAUACUUUUUGUUUGGUGUUUUUUUUCUUAUUCAAUUCUGUACAAUGUUAAUGAUGAAAUAAGAAGUGUUUCAGCAUAUUAGACAAUGUGUUUCCCUAUGAGUUGUGCAGAUGUCUUCAGGAAAAAUGCUACCACUUAAUCAGUUUCAUGUGUUGUGAAAGCAGAAUUCCUUCCCAGGUGCACGCUUUUUCAUUGCACAGUUUAUAAUCAUCUCUGGCUGUAAAAAGUUGUUGAGAAUUUAGUUGUUCUUUUUUUCUGUUCUGCUCAACAACUGUUAAAAUAAGCAAGACUAUUUAAAGGCAUUUUCAAAUGUCGUUUUAGUUAUUUGUUUCUGUAAAACUGACACCCAGAGUUUUGAGGGGACUAGAUGGGAACAGGCAUUUUUACAGGUGUUCGGGAAACAGCUUGGAGCAUGGAGGGAAUGUCCUUUUUAUUUCCCAUAUUCAGAACAAGGGCCUGUACAAACUGUUGCUCUCCAGAUGGUAGGAAGUAAAUGCCAUGUUAAAGGA